GUUGGCGGUUGCGACGCCAUUUUGUUAGAAAGACGCGUCAGUUUUUAGUUAGGGUGUCACCAUGGUUAAACUCUUUGUUGGAAACCUGGCACAAGCCACAACAUCUGAUGACCUCAGGUCCCUUUUCUCUCAAUAUGGGAGAGUGACUGAAUGUGAUAUUGUCAAAAACUUUGGCUUUGUUCAUAUGGAGGAUAAGGAGAGUGCAGAGGAGGCCAUCCGCAAUUUGCACAAAUAUGAGCUGAAUGGCCAGCCCAUGAAUGUUGAGAUUGGCCUCAGCAAAGCCAAAGCAGCCACAAAGUUGCAUGUGGGCAACAUCAGCAGCAGCUGUACUAACCAAGAGCUACGAGACAAGUUUGAAGAAUAUGGACCUGUGGUAGAAUGUGAUAUUGUGAGACAUUAUGCUUUUGUGCACAUGGAAAAGCCAGAUGACGCCAUGGAGGCAAUCAAAGGACUUCACAACACAGUUUUUCAAGGAAAACUGAUGAGCGUGCAACUUUCAACCAGCCGUCUUCGAACCGCACCGGGAAUGGGAGAGAAGACGGGUUGUUACGUGUGCGGGAAAGAGGGCCACUGGUCAAAAGAGUGCCCUACGUCUAAAAAUGGCUCAUAUUCUGAAGGUCCCAUGCGCCCUGAGGGCAGUGGGUUUGGUGGUGUGAGGUAUAAUGCUGGUGGAGGCAGGGGUUUCGGCAGAGAUCUUUCUUGUGGCCCAGGCUUCAGUGGUGGUUCAAGCUACAACGGUGGUCCAGGGCUAGGCAUGGGCAUGGGCAUGGGCUUUGGUAGUGGCCCUGUUAUGAACAGGGGUAUGGGCUAUAACAGUCCCGUUGGAUAUGGACGAAGUUCACCCUAUGAUGGCAAUGGUAGUUUCAAUGUCAGCAAGGGGUUUAGUGUACAGAUGGGGUAUGGAAGCCCCAGCAUCAAAGGAUACACAGAGUCUCCUUCUGGAUUAGAAGAUCGAAACCAGUCAAAUGUAAUUGAUUUUUAUGAGAAGUAUAGGGCCCGUCCCUAUGGGAUUACCUCAUUUGAGGAAAGAAAAGCAAGUUCUCUCCCCUCUUCUGCCCAAUCCUCUUCUCUGAUGAGAGAACGCCUAUCAUCACCUGCCCUUGACCCAUUUGAUCGUCGACCUCUGCCAACACCAGCAGUACCACCAGCUUCGUGCUACACUCGAGAUCGCAGUCCUGUGCGCAGGGCUGCCCCCAUGGCUGAGGGUUAUGCGUACGAACGUUCUCGUCUGUCCCCAGCGUCCACCCUCAACAGAAGCACGCAGUUUGACAUGACGCGAUCAAGGGACCUCCACGCGGAUCGUCCACACUUCGGUUAUUAAACAAAAAUACCACAUUUACAUAAAGGUGAGAGCCAAAAAUAAACUUAAACUGUUGAAUGUACAUGGAGCCAGAAUUGUAGAAAUAACAUAACAAGCUUGAGUGGGCAUGGGUGGUGGUUGUUGAGGUGGGGAGAAUGUGGGUGGCAAAUUUUGAUUAAACGAGUAUAUUUGGAAGAUCAAAAUUUCCAAGUUGCACCUGUUUUUGCUGAAGAUAUAACACUACAUGCGCAUUAUAUUCGGGUACGGGUAAAGUUGAAUCAAUGCUUAAAACGGUUCAUAGUCUGACACACCGUUGGGUCCUGUAAACCGCUGAUACGUUUUGAUUUGCUCUCUUUUCAGGUUUAUAUAUACCGCGGGAAGAGAUCUUCGUGUCUCCUGGUGCACAUGGCGCAAAAACAUGCGGAUCGCGUUAUGUCUGUGAUGCUAACGGGAUGAACAGUAGCGCGGACUUAACUUGUGGGUUUUAAACCACCUAAUAGUCUCGAUUUUGUGCUCCCCCACCCCUCCUUUUUUAAUAUUUGACCAAUUUUUGUCUUGUGUAUUUAAAAUUUUAAAAGUCUGUAUAUACAGUCAAUUUUGUCGGAUAAUUACUGUUGGUGUUUUUUACUUUUACAUUGUUACAGAUAGGAUGAAAUACACAAAACCUACCAGGUUCCCACUUUGUUUGUUAGCCCAGUCCCUCCAUCCCUACCUCAGGCUGACAAGAUCCUCAUAAACCCCUAGGCUCUAGUGUUUAGUCUCUUGAAUAAGAGGACGUUUUUGCCCAUACUGGUGUUUACACACUUGAAAGAUAGCGGGCAAAGUGUUUUCAUCUACCAGCUUAGUGUGUGCUGGCAUCAACAUAUUUUUUCAUGUUGCUGAAAAUAACUUCAUCCCACGUAUGUUGUGUUUCACAACAGGGUAAUGAUGGAAGGUUUUUUUUUUUUUUUUUUUUUUUUUUUUUUUGGAUGAGAUUUGAGCUUUUUUAUUAUAAAUAUAUAACUCUUGUUGUUUUUAUUCCUUGGAAUUGAUUACAUUGCCUCGAAAGAGAAAAUUCAGACAGAUCUUGGUCUGUUUAUUUUUUUUUCUCCUCUUUCCCACCUAAAGUGUUCUUUAAAUUGAAAGUAAAGGAUGUGUUGUGCAGUGCACAGUAUUGGAGAGUAAUAUAAUAGUAUAACACUUGAUAACCUCCAAGUUUGACUACUAUUAAAAAGAAUAGCUUUGAAAAUUUUCUGUUCCUCUUUUAUGUACCUUUAUCCUUUUUAAAAAUAAAGUUGUUGUGGAAAAUACA